CUUAAUGCUAGCCAUUUUUGUUAUGACAUAAAUUAUCUAAACAAUUAUCGGAAAUGUUCAUAAUGUCGUAUAAUGUUCACUAGUUUUAUGAAACUAAACAGUUUUGGAACACAAUUGUGAUUAAAAUACACUUUUAUGAAUCUUAAAUUACGGCAAUCAUGGCCUACCGAAGAGGGUCAACAUCGAGAAAACAUUUGCUAGCAAAAAUCGCAGAAAAAAGUGUCCCUUGUGCGUUUUGUAGGCUCGAAGUUGAUGAUGAGGCUAUUUACGGCAAAUUAUACAGCAUUGGAGACAUCCAUUGUCAUUAUUUCUGUGUGUUGCUAUCCUGUUGUUUGAUACAAAAGGGUAAAGACAGCGAAGGGCUGUUCGGUUUCCUCUAUCAGGAUAUAUUGGCAGAGAUAGAGAGAAGCAAAAAACAUAAAUGCUCGUAUUGUUAUAAAGAGGGCGCGACUUUGGGUUGCUGCGUGUCUCAGUGCAGGAAGCAAUUCCAUUUGCCUUGUGGAAGGGAAAGAAAUGUGGUCUCCUUGUUCUACGGGAAUUUUAAAUCAUUCUGUGAAAAACAUGCACCGAAACAAAAUAUACCACCGGCUAUUAUGGAGAAGGCAAAGAUAAGGAAAUCCAUAACGAGGAAGAUUGAAAAUGGAGAAUCUAUUGACACAGAUCUAUCUUCAGAUUCAGUUGCUGAGACGACGUGUGUUAUAUGUUACGAGUGCGUCGAUGGCUUCCCUACGCCGAGUACAUUCUGGCCUCCCUGCUGUGCUAUCGACGCUUGGUUUCAUAGAGAUUGUAUACAGCGCAUGUCCCUGAGCGCUGGCAUACAUUACUUGAAGUGUCCGCUGUGUAAUGACAAAGAGGAUUUCUACCAGGCUGUCUUGAACCAGGGAUAUUAUGUUCCGGACAGAGAUGCCGCUUGGGAGCUGGAACAGAACGCCUUCUCAGAAAUAUAUGAGCGACAAUUGUCGUGCUCCGCUGAGGUGUGUCACUGUGAGCACGGCCGGGGGCACGACGAGGACGGCGGUCCCUGGGAUAUAAAGAUGUGCCUGCUGUGCGGCUGGCAGGGCGUCCACGCGUUCUGUGGCGGGAAGCUGUGGCUGUGUCCCGUGUGCGCGCCCUCAGCGCCGGACGCGGACGUGCUGCGGGACAUCGAAAAACUGUCUCUUCCAACAUCGAGUCGGCCUCUACGUGCAAGGCGGCGUCCCCUAAUGACGAGCAGAAUGUCAUUGCGACGGACGAAGUUGAACGCUGAGAUGCCGUCUUGCUCAAGGAAUGCAGUAACUAACAAAAACGAGGGAGACAAUACUAUAGAAAACAGCCGUCGCGAGUUAAAUCUAAAGACACCUAAAAAACGGAAGCUGCUGGAGGGAGAUAUGCUGAGGAAUAUAGAAAAUACGCUGCUGUCACCGAUUAAACUGAUGGAGAAAUUCCUCGAUGAGAAGAAGCCGGCUGCUGAUAUAACUCUGGAUGUAACCAUCCUCAAGGAGAUGACUGACAAGUUUAAUAAACCCAAACCAUUGGUUGCUAAGAAGAGAAUCGUCGAUGAUAUUUUGGAAAGACUUCUAAAAGAUCUCGAGGUGAAUAAGGAACCUAAGAAGAAGACAUCGGUAAAGGAGUCGCACUCACCAGGAAAAAAUAUGGCCCCGGAAAACAUAUUGAUUGAUAACAUACAUGUUAAGGCAGAGCUCCCAGAAUCAUUGGACUCUAAGGAUGUGGGAUGUAACGAGAAGAAAUUAGACACGAAAAAACUGAAAACCGUAAAUAUUGUUAACGAUUCGAUGGAAAUAUCGGAAAAUAAUCAAAUUAUAAACAUUGAUCUGGUUAAAAUUGAACCUAAUGUCAGCCCGGUCAAAGAGAAGUGCGCUCUUAAAUUCAGUUCAACGGACAAAGAGAUAUUAGAAGACAAAGAGAUCAAUAUAGAUAUAGAGAGAUUCAAGAGCCAGUAUUUGUCGGAGGUCGGGCAAAAUAUGGAUAAGCAAAAAGAUGUGCAGGAACCGAGGGAAGAAGAAUUGAAAGAAGAAUUACCCACACGAAAAUCAAAGAAGAGAACUAAGAAGAACAAGACGCAUUUAUCAAUAAGAAAUAAGAAUAUUAAAUUCAAGAUUCAAAUCAAAGAGGAUGAUUUUAAAGUUAAGAUAAAGAAGAAUAGACAGGAGAAGAAGAAGAAGUCGAUCUGUUUGAAAUAUUUCAUCAAGAUAGACGACAAUCCUAAAGUAUUGAGGCAGUAUGUCAUCAAUAAGUCGACUGAAAUCGAGAGACCGAGCGAGCACGUCUCCCCGGUGAAGGUGAAGCGGGUUAAAACUGAAAAGUCACCUGAUAACUUAAAACAGACCUCUAUAUCCAGCUUUUUUACUGCUAAAAAUAAUAAGUGAUAUAUAUGUAUAUGUCUGUAUGUCUACACGCAUAUAUCUCAGUAACAACAGUCUUAUUAGAUUCACACUCUCAAUGUUAGCGCCACUCAUGCACGUUAGAAUAUUACUACGUAAUUUAAUUGUCAGUUAAGUAACAAUCAAUUGAUUCAAAAGCUAAGAAAACCGAAGCACAGAGAUAUUGUUGUUAUUUAUAUUUUUUUAUGUAUAAUUUAAAAAUUCCCGCCAAAAUUUUUUAUAAUUCCUCAACAACAGCUGUUAUUAUUCUCAGUGUUGCUGCAUUCGUUAAAAUCUACUAUAUAGUAGUAAUUGGACUAUUUAUACAAAUGAUUUUAUAAUUUUUUUCUCAAUGUUUCAGCCAAGGAUUGUUAUAUAUAACCGCUUGUAAGAAUAAAUAAAAUAUGAUUUA